ACCCGAUUAUCCGCGUCCAGAAUUCGUAUCCAAGCUUACUGUUAAUACGCUGCGUUUCCCUUCCAUCUGAAUUCUCAAGCAAGGAAUGUCGGCGGGGCUCAUCAGAGCCAAAGUUGUCGUUUCCGACAACUAAAGUGUUCCAUUUCAUGCUUCUCUUUCUACAUUAGAUUUCUCUCUCUCUAUGAGCAAAACGCCAAUGAGGCCGCACAAGCAGGUAUCCUCCGUGAACAAUAGUUUCCGGCGACCCACGAUUCUUUAUCUGGUGUGUGCCGCUGCAUUAUUUUCCCUCCUCCUCUUUUCCAUCCAAUCCUCUUUCUUCGCAGGCUCCUUCAAUUCAGAUCGAGACUCCGAAACAAUUCGUGCUUUGUCUAACUUUCAGUCCAGUGUUAAGCAAUGCGUGGAUCACAGGGGGCUUGGACUCACUGCACAUAUAAUUGACCACUGCAAAUUGGUCCUGAAAUACCCCGAAGGUACCAACAGCACUUGGUACAAUGCGCAAUUUAAACAAUUUGAGCCUUUGGAGUACAACUAUGACGUCUGUGAGGCAAUUCUAUUGUGGGAACAGUAUCGUAACAUGACUACGGUGUUGACCAGAGAGUAUCUUGAUGCUCGCCCUGGUGGUUGGGAAGAUUAUGCUCCACAAAGGAUAGCGCAAUUGGGGACAAAGAAGUGCUAUAAUAAGACUCUUUGUGAAGAGAACCUCAAUAUAUUAUUACCUGCAAAGCCCCCCUUUCAUCCACGGCAGUUUCGUACUUGUGCUGUUGUUGGAAACUCAGGAGAUCUUCUGAAGACAGAAUUUGGGAAAGAAAUUGAUAGUCAUGAUGCUGUUUUUCGAGACAAUGAGGCCCCUGUUAAUCAGAAAUAUGCCAAGUACGUUGGUCUUAAGAGGGAUUUCCGUCUAGUUGUAAGAGGUGCUGCUCGUAACAUGGUCCCUAUUCUAAAUGGGUCUGAUGAUGAGGUUCUAAUUAUCAAAAGUCUGACGCACAGAGAUAUCAAUGCAAUGAUAAAAACUAUACCCAAUCCAGUCUAUCUCUUCCAAGGAAUUGUACUACGUCGAGGUGCCAAAGGAACUGGAAUGAAAUCUAUUGAGUUGGCGCUCUCCAUGUGUGAUAUUAUUGAUAUAUAUGGUUUCACUGUUGAUCCAGGAUACACUGAAUGGACAAGAUACUUCUCUGCUCCAAGGAAGGGACACAAUCCACUUCAAGGAAGAGCAUACUACCAACUUCUAGAAUGUCUUGGGGUACUCAGGAUUCACUCCCCCAUGAGAUCUAAGAGGAGGCAAGACUGGUCGGAUAUACCAAGUAGAGAAAUGAUAAGCCAAGCACAUGCUGCAACUUUGCGCUUGAGAAGGGGUCAAGCUGGUCAGGACAGUGAUUUAGGUCCUUUUGGCAGUUGUAAGGUGUGGGGCAAUGUGGAUCCAGACAAAAGUGGGCCUAUCUCAGGAUCACCAGACAUGAGUGAUGUCAGGAAAUAUUCAAAUUACAGUAAAUGGGAAGUCAUGCCUUUUGAGAGUUUAAGGAAAGAAGCAAAGGAUUAUUAUAACCAGAUGCAAGGGGUCUCUCUGUAUAAAAUGGAUGGCAAUAAGUUGGAUGAUCUAGUCUGUGUCAAACAUUCCUUAAAUUCUGAGGUGUAAACAGUGUCUUUGAUGCCUAUUGUUAUUAUCUGAUAAUGCCCCACUGUCUUCGAAAUUGGAACUGGGAUGAAGUUACUUUUUGGGGGCUGCUGACAUAUAGCUCCUCAGCAGUUGUUCUGUAUCUUCACUUAUUGCAGAUAUCAGAGCAUAGCAUGAUUCUCAACUCCAAGGGAAAAUGAGGGAGUCAAAUAUGCAAAAUUUCAUUGAGCUGGAAGAAUAAUAUUUCGAGGUGAUACAUGAUAGGGCUCUAAAAGUAACAACAAUAUAGGAAUUCUGACCGCAGAAAUUUGUUGUGCCUCUUUCUUCAGGUUUGUAAUGGACAGUGAUUAAUCCAUAGUAUGAUAGACGUCUGUCUUUUAUAGUGUAUUAAUCGGUUGAAGAAGUAUCUGCAGAUUUUUAUUUUUUUUCUGUGAUGUGAUGAUAACGAAAGAAAGUGAUGGUCAACUGUUUUGGGUCCGAGUUUUGAUUUUCAUUGGUAUUUAUUUUGUAGCUAUGUAUUUUUUUUUUAUCCCUUUAUUUAUGUUUUUCUCUUUUGUUUCUCCUGCUUCUGCCUCCUAACUGGGGUUUCUUCGCACUGUUUGACUUAUUUUGCUGAAUUAACUUUUUCACUCGUCUACUAAAAUGCUCAUUUUGGUUAAUGAUUGAGCAGCAUAAAGAUUGAAAGGCCAUGUAAAUAUUUACUUGUUUCCGUGCAGCAUGUUCGAUGGGAGAAAUUAUUGAGUGGUUGAAGACCACCAUGUUUUGAUGGUCUCGAUCAUCAUGCACACGUGACCAGGUUUUUUAAUUAACAAGAAUAAAUAUUAAAAUUUUGCCAUAACUUGCAAAAUUUUCUACUAAUUUCUCGUUGGAUGGAUACUAUUUAGGGUUUUGUUAAUCUUAGCUCCAAGAGUUGAGAAUUGAAGCUGAGAAUAAACAGUUAAUAAUAAUAAAAUUUUAUUAAAAAAAUAUUUAUUAUAUUUUUAUAAUUUUUUUUAUUUGUAGAUAUUUAAAUUCAGUUUUAAUGAUUGAAGAUGAUAAAAUUCUAUUUCGUAAGAUCAUCUUACUAAUUGAAACUUGUGUCAUUUUUAAAAAGAACCUUUUAGAUUGCAUUUUUUCUUAACAACUUGCACCAAAGUAAUUUGGACACUUCCACACCAUUGAUUUUCACAAUGAAAAUCAAUCAAGCACAUACUCCAAUUCCAAAGUUUUAUUAUAAUUGGAAAAUUAUUUCAUUUGAAAAUUUACAGCUUAUUAAGAUAUCCAUCAACAAAUUCAACUUUGACAUUCUAUUUCAUUUUCU